UCACUCUGCCUCUCGUGCUCUCUCUCUCUCUCUCUACAUUGUGAGUGAGUGUGUGAGUGACUGUGCCCACCGUUCCGAGCUCAAAGCCAGAGCUCACCGAAGAGCUCCAAACCCAAGAAAAACAAAACGAACCGCAUUUUGGCUAAGCUGGGUUUCACCUUCUUCUCUCAACUUGUCGCUAUCUUUGUCUAUCUGGACACCACCAUCAAAAACCCAAACCCUCUCUAUCCUUUUUCUUCCAAAAACCCAAACUUUCUCUUACAUGUGAAAAAAAAUCACAUACCCAACUGGUCUAAACCCCCAGAAAAAAAAAAAAAAAAAAACCACACAAGAAUCUGCCAAAUGGGCUGUGCACAAUCGAGGAUAGAAAAUGAGGAAUCAGUGUCUCGCUGCAAGGACCGGAAGAUUCUGAUGAAAGAUGCGGUUGUUGCUAGAAACGCUUUCGCAGCGGGCCAUUCCGGCUACGCCGUCGCUUUGAAGAACACUGGAGCUGCGUUGAGUGAUUACGGCCAUGGAGAAACCGAAGAGACCCCUGAACUCCACCAACUCCAGCAGCAGCCAUUGGACUCCACCUCUCAACCACCGCCUCCGCCUCCGCCUCCACCGCCCAUCGACCAGCUCCCACCGCCUCCACCGCCUCUUCCCAAUUUCUCUCCCAUUACCAUCAAGCGCGCCACCAGCAUGCCGGAGAUUCGGAUGAAACAUGGCAAACCCGGGCGAGUCACAGAUUCCAUCACUAUUGCUGAAGAGGAUGAGGAAGAGGAAGAAGAGGAAGAGGACGGACACGAAAAUGGUAAAGGCUUGCGUCGGUCGCGGAGAUCGCGAAAUGGGGUGGCUGGAGAGAUGGGUAGUUCGGAGGUGGUGUCGGCGGCGGCGCCUUCAUCUCCGCCUCGGACUCCAGAGAUGAAAACGGUAGUGCCGCCGAUGCCGGAAUCGGAGUUGAAAGGAAUGGCUUGGGAUUUCUUCUUCAUGAUGGAUAACAUGGCUGGGUCAUCCUUGGGUGGAGAGGAAGAGAGUAGGGUUGAGGCUGAUGGGCAGCAUGGGAAUAUGGAAUUUGGUGAAGCUCAAAAUGUAGACGUCAAUGGUCGAAAUUUAGGCAAUGGGGUUGAGCCCAAGACGCCGGAGAAGGUGGAGGAGGAAAAGCCGCUGGAGGAGGAGACUCCGGUGAAGCCAAUUGAGCAUUCGCAUACGGCACCUCCGGAGUUUAGGAGAGCGGUGAAGAUGGGUCCGCGCGUGAGUUUGUUGCAGGUAUUGAAUCAGAUAGAUGAUCAUUUCUUAAAGGCCUCCGAGAGUGCUCAGGAGGUUUCAAAGAUGUUAGAGGCCACUCGCUUACAUUACCACUCCAAUUUCGCAGACAAUCGAGGAAACAUAGAUCAUUCUGCAAGGGUCAUGCGUGUUAUAACGUGGAAUAGGUCAUUCAGAGGUAUACCCAAUGGAGAUGGCGGGAAGGAUGAUUUUGAUUCGGAAGAAUAUGAAACUCAUGCUACUGUUUUAGAUAAGCUGUUAGCGUGGGAAAAGAAACUCUAUGAAGAAGUGAAGCAAGGUGAGCUUAUGAAGCUCGAGUAUCAGAGAAAGGUGACUCUACUGAAUAAGCAGAAGAAGCGUGGUGCUAGUGCUGAGACCUUGGAAAAAACGAAGGCAGCUGUAAGUCAUUUACAUACCAGAUAUAUAGUUGACAUGCAGUCUAUGGAUUCUACAGUUUCAGAAGUAAACCGAUUACGUGAUGAGCAGCUGUACCCAAAACUUGUUAAUCUGGUUGAUGGGAUGGCCAAAAUGUGGGGAAGCAUGUGCAUACAUCAUGACAGUCAGCUUAAAAUAGUUAUAGACAUAAAGUCCCUCGACAUUUCCCAGGCUCCAAAGGAAACAACAAAGCACCACCAUGAGCGCACCAUCCAACUAUUGAAUGUAGUUGAAGAAUGGAAUUCACAGUUUGAAAAGCUUGUCACUCAUCAGAAACAAUACAUCCAAGCUCUAAACAGUUGGUUGAAGCUAAAUCUGAUUCCCAUUGAAAGCAGCUUAAAGGAGAAAAUAUCCUCUCCACCAAGAGCUCAGAAUCCCCCAAUUCAAUCCCUUCUCUAUUCAUGGCAUGACUUUCUCGAAAAGCUUCCAGAUGAACUUGCUAAGUCUGCGAUUACAUCCUUUGCUGCGGUGAUCAAGACCAUUAUGCUUCAUCAGGAGGAAGAAAUGAAGCUAAAGGAGAAGUGCGAGGAAACCAGAAAGGAAUAUAUUCGCAAAAAUCAGGCAUUUGAAGAAUGGUACCAGAAGUACAUGAAUCGGAGGGCACAUGAUGAAACGGAUCAAGGGAGAGGUGAAGAUACAAAUAUCAAGGAUCCUAUUGCAGAGAAGCAAUUUGCCGUGGAGAGCUUGAAAAAGAGGUUAGAAGAGGAAAUUGAAGAUCACCAAAAGCACUGUGUCCAGGUGAGAGAGAAGUCACUUGGGAGUCUUAAAACUAGAUUGCCAGAGCUUUUCCGAGCUAUGUCAGAUUAUGCGCAUGCCUGUUAUGAUGCCUAUGAAAGAUUGAGGUCCAUCACAGAGUCACAAAACUCAAAUGGUAAUGGUCCUCGUGUUUAAACUCCUUAUCUAGCUCUAGUUUUAUUAAACUUAGACAUAGUUUUUGGAUGAGGCAAGCAUGUUUUUCUCUCUAUAGAAAUGUAAUGUUGACUUAUUUAUCAAAAAAUGUAAUGUUGGCUUUCUUUGUUUUCUUGUGUGGAAAAUUUUGCUGUUAUAUGGGUCUGUACCCUUCCACACAACCCUGCUCAAAAAACAGGCAAAGUCCCUGAUUCUCAUGUAACUUGUAUUUAUUCUUUUAUUUUAUUUUGUUUUUUGGUGACUA